AUGUCCUUGGUCGGUUUACUUCCACCUCUUUCGGAUAAUGGCAAAGUCUUGGUGGAUGGGGGGUAUGUGGACAAUUUACCUGUUGCUGCUAUGCAAAGUAUGGGUACGAGCUCGGUAUUUGCCAUAGAUGUUGGAUCUUUUGGGACACUUCAAUUUGGUCAAUAUGACGAGAUCUCUAAAGUUGGCUAUACCUCGGGGCUAGAAAUGAUUUCAGUUUGGGAAUCUGAGGGAAGACUUCCUACUGGACUAGAAGAUGGCGUUGAGCCAAGUAGACGCAGAGGACGAGCCACGCCACCCUCACCCAUUGAAAUUCCCAAUUUUCUCCAAAAUGCAGCGCGGCUUGCCAAUGAGGGGACAGAUACCUCACAAGGAAGUGGCCAACUUCUGUCCAACAUCUCUGCAUGUCUAGCGAUCGCCGAUACAUUAUCAACAACACUUGGUCCACGUGGUAUGGAUAAGCUCAUUGUUAAUGACAGAGGAGAAGCACAAAUCACGAACGAUGGAGCGACCAUCUUAAAAUUAUUGGAGAUCGUGCAUCCAGCGGCUAAGACCUUGGUUGACAUUGCCCGUGCUCAGGAUGCGGAAGUUGGCGACGGAACGACAAGUGUAGUUCUACUAGCUGCUCAGUUCCUUAAAGAGAUUAAGGGGUACAUUGAAGAAGGAAUGAGUCCUCAUGUCAUUAUCAAAGGAUACCGACUGGCAGCUCAAAUGGCUGUGGACCGAAUCAAGGAGAUUCAGGUUUCAAUAGACAAGAGUGAUUCAGACCAAAAGCCAUUCUUUGCGAACAUGGUUGUGGAUGCUGUCAUGUCCCUUGAUCAGGACGAUUUGGACGAAAGCUUGAUCGGAGUGAAGAGGAUAUCAGGUGGUGGAAUGCAG